AUGGCGGAAGCUCUAGGAAAUGAGUAUCCUUCGGGUUAUGACGAGGACUUUUUGGAUACAGUCGAGCACGAUUUUAUUUGUUUAAUUUGCCAGUUGCCGCUUAGGGAACCACUGCAAACGAAAUGCGGUCACAGAUUUUGUAAGGGAUGCCUCGAGGAAUGUUUUAGAAGACUGGAGAUCAAUGAUCAGCCUUCAGCUUGCCCCGUGGAUAGAGAAGUUCUAGACAAAGACAAGCCGGAUGUCUUCCCUGAUAAAGCGACAGAACGAAAAAUCCUUUCCUUUGCUAUCAAAUGUCCUUGUGGUGACUGCGAAUGGACUGGGGAACUGAGGAACAAAGAGACUCACCUGAAAGCUUGUCUUUUCAAAGUCAUCACUUGUCCUAACGAACACUGUCAUGAGACCAUGCAACGGAGAGAGGUCAUACGACACAAGACUAUCACGUGUUUGUGGAGGAUCACUGAAUGUGAACAUUGCAACGAGCCACACCCAGCAUGUUGCAUGCAGGAUCAUAUUGAAAGGUGCUUGAAGUACCCGGUAACCUGUCCUAACGGCUGUGGUCUGUCAAUUCAAAGGGAACUGAUACCAAACCAUACCAAAGAUGAUUGUCCUCACGCCAUGAUAUUCUGCCCUUACACGGAGAUGGGAUGCGAAACAAAGGUUCAAAGAAAACAAGUGGAGACUCAUCUUCAAACUGCCGUGACGGUUCAUCUUGAUUUAGCUUGUCUGAGGUUGAAGGAAACACAAAACUUAACAAGACAACUGAUGGACAAAUUCAGUACACUUCAGAACCUCUUUUUGGAAAAAGUACUGAAAGACGAAUAUAAAAUGAUAGAAAGGGAAAACGGAACUUGUUUUUGGAAGAUUCAUGAUUUUGAUAAAGUGUUUAAACAAGCCAAGGCCGGAAAUAAAGAAAGAGUGGAAUGUGUGAUUCCUCACACACAAACCUAUGGCUACAAUUUAAAAAUAAGAAUUUAUCCCAAUGGCAGAGCUUUUGACAAGAAUACUCACCUUUCGGCGUUCAUUGUUGUAAUGAAAGGUGAAGAUGACCCCGUAUUACCCUUUACCAAGAAAGUGCGACUAACACUGAUCGAUCAACAGGAUGGCGAGGACAAACGGGAAAACGUUAGUAAACUGGUUAAUUUGUAUAGGUUCCCAGACUACUCUUGUAGGCUCAAAGGAAAGGAGAACGAAGAGUUCGGUUAUAAUCAGUUUAUAUCCCACAAGAAACUCAAGUCAAGGAAGUACAUCGUGGAUGAUAAUCUAUUUCUUCAAGUUAAGAUUCAAGAAAACAUAUGA